UCCUUGUGAAGCUGAGGCAGGCAGCCAGACUGAAAUCUACAAACAGCCAAGUAGUGAGCAGGGGCAGCACAAUAACUCUACUGUGAAGUGAAGAAAGAAAACCCAGGAAGACUGAACUCUCCUUUCUAGCUCCUCUCCUCUUCUUCUCUAUUGGUUCUUCCUCAGAAUAAUUCAGCUCUCCACAAGUGACUUCUGCCUUCUGGAGCCACCUGGGACUGGCAAUUGCCUCUGCCUGAGGACAGCAACCUUUCUCAAGGGAGGCAGUGAUAUCCCAGGAAAACUGCUGACAUCUCCUCACAGCCACCCCUCUGAAGCAGGUGGCUCCACUACUCACAAAUAUGGCAAAAACCCCCAUGUCCUGUUACACUCCAUUGUCUACAUCCUUCACUUCUGUUGUGUCAUACCAUUCAGGCUGGAACAUUUUAACUGAAGAGAUGAGCAGAAAUAUUGAGAAGUCCUUGAAAGAAGGAAAGCUGUUGGAAGUGGUCUGUGUGUUCAGGAGGACUGUAGAGACAGUGUCCAGAACCCAAGUAAACAUUGCUGUGACUGGGGAGUCAGGCAAUGGUAUGUCAUCCUUCAUCAAUGCAUUGCGAGUCCUGGGACAUGAGGAGAAGGCCUCAGCUCCCAUUGGGGUGGUGACAACCACCCAGACAAGAGGAAGCUAUUCUUCUUUCCACUUUCCCAAUGUGGUGCUGUGGGACCUGCCUGGCUUGGGGACUACUGCUCAAAGUCUGGAGAGCUAUCUGAAUGAGAUGCAGUUCAGCCAAUAUGACCUCUUUAUCAUCAUUGCAUCUGAGCAGUUCAGCAUGAAUCAUGUAAAGCUUGCCAAAGCCAUUGAGGGGAUGGGAAAGAGGUUCUAUGUUGUCUGGACUAAGCUGGACAGGGAUUUCAGCACAAGUGCUCUCUCAAAUGAAAAGAUAUUGCAGAAUAUACAAGAGAAUAUCAAGGAAAAUCUUCAGAAGGAGGGUGUGUGGGAACCCCCCAUAUUCCUUGUAUCUAACCUUGACCCUUUAUUGCAUGACUUCCCAAAGCUUAGGAAUACAUUGAAAAUAGACCUCUCUAACAUCAGGUGCCAUGGUCCCUUAGUCAUGCUUUCCCACAUUUGUGAGAAGAUCAUUAAUGAUAAAGUGAACUCCUUGAAGGGGAGAUUAUCCACAGAGCAUGUGGAAGAUAUUCUUGGCAUCAGGGAUGCUGAUGACUUGGGGAAGUGUCUGGAAGCCUACCGAUUGCUCUUUGGUGUGGAUGAUGCAUCACUUCAGCAGGUGGCUCAUAGUAUGGGGACAUGGGCUUUUGAGUACAUGACCAUCAGGAAGUCCCAGGAUUUGCACACUCUCUGUGGAGGUGACUGGAAAAUGAAAUUCAUGACUUGCUUAAUCAUGAGGGCAUUCCUAACACUUUUUAGAUAUAUACCAUUCUUAGGUAAUCCUGUCAUCCACCACUUCAGAUUCAUGAGACAUAGGCGCAUCCUUGAGUUAGUUGCUCAGGACACCAAGAACAUCCUGAUGAAGAUUCUGAAAGAAUGUAUGCUCUCCACCUGAUAUCAAUUUUGGGAAUAGUCUAGCUAGCUGGCUCAUUCUUAGGUAGAAUUAGCUUGCUUUAGGAUACCAAGAGAAUCUUUGAAAGGAGUUAAGAAAAUCACUUAUCUUCCUUUCUCUAAUCCUAAUAUAUUCUUCUUUUGAGGAACAAGUAUUGUUGAAAUCAUUAAUGAAGUUUCCUGGGUUCAGUAUAUAGAAAUUUUGAUAGUAAUUGUUAAUGGUGAUAUAGAUCUAAAUUAAUCUGUUUUUCCACUAAAGCCUUAAAGUUAAUGAGUGAAAAUUGUGGGGUAAGCAUUCUACCAGAAACUCCCCAGAAUGUAAAAAGUAAAUGUAUUUUCAGGGGAAAUAGAGAAACUGCAUACUUGAUGUCCAGGGAUAUGUAGCAAUGGAAAUGAAAUCACAUUCUAGGUUAUGUGGAAGCAACCAGACUAGUCUUACAUGUGUUAAUGAAAAAGAAACUCAAGCAAGAUCAGAAUGCUGGCAUCAGAAGAAAUUUUUCAUAUUUUGUAUAAAAUUAACAACUCAAUUUGAAAAACACUUUAAUUCAAUGAGUCAAACAUGGAAAUUUUAAGUAUAGGUUAAAUAUUUAAGAGAUGUUGAGAUGGAAUAAACUUUUCUGACACAGAAUUUUUGGAGAUAAACAUGCAGUCCUAAGUUAUAAUAUGAAUGAAAUGAGACAAAUUGAGUUAUGUGGUACUCACAGCAAACUAUAAAGGUACAAUGGUAUGAGGAUGGCCUUAGGCCUGAGCCUAAGCAACUCCAUUUUAAAAACUCCAGUUUGAAACCUGCAGUCUCACCAGACAUGCCUAAUGGAGCCCUCCAGUAUGGCUCUCAGGCACAAAUAAGUCAUUUCUCCCCACCCUGAUAAACUCAAGUGAAGCCUCUGGCAGGCUGUCUUUGCCCAAUAAGAGGGAAAAGAGAUGAAUAAGAGAGAAAGGUGAAAAGAUCAGGAUGGGGACCACCAGAUGAGAUGUUUUAACCCCAGGGUAAAUGAUGUCACUGAGAGAUUCAGUGGCAGCAGAUAAGGGGUCAAAAGCCCCCAAAUUUAGUAUAAAUAAUAGAGCGAGUGAACAGAUAAUAAUGACAAUAAUUCUCUCACGCUGAGAGCCUGAUAAGGACCUGGACUGACAUCCCAACACUUUUCUUCAUUUGCUGAUCCUCUGCAUUUUCCUCACCACUCUCAAACUCUACAGCCACAUAUUGACCCUGGUGAGAGCCACAACUUCUCUCUAGACCCUCUCCUUAGCUGGCUGUCAGCUCCACCCCAGGAGAAGUCUGCCUUUGUUCCUGACUUGGGUGAGUGUGCAUCUGCUGGACUUAAAGCCUAAGGUUUGAGACUUUAAAUCUGACACUUGAACUUGGCAUGCAGAGGGAAUGUCUGUCAUUAUCCUGUCAUGAUUAAGUGUGUUUGCAGUGCUUAGAAUUAAUCUAGAAUUGUUAGCUGUGAAUUGAUGAUGUCUAUUGCAGUGCCUAGCAUUAAGAAUUAUCAUUGUCUUGCUUAAGAACCUAUAGAAUAAAAAUUGUAUUGAGUGAUUUGAGUGAAUAAAGCAUUUACUAGGGCAGAA